GGAAUCCAACAUUUUAUAGCUACAAAUCCAAGAAUGCCGAGAAAGAAGUCUGCCACCAAAAAAGCACAGGAAAAUUCUGGUAAGCCAGAAAAGCUGGAAAAUCAGGAAGCUAUAGAUCACACCACGCAGCCACAGAAUGACUCUGCGUCUGGAUCGGAAUCUUCAGACUCCGAGAUUGAGGAUGAUUAUGGAGAGUUAUUGACAGAAAAUGUGGAGAAGCUGAUUCAGCAGGUGAUGGAAACACUCAAAAAAGAUCCAAAAAAGCUCUUGGACCCUAACACAAAAUUCUUCGAGGACAAUGAUACAGCAGUUGAGAGAAAAGCGGGUGAUAAGCCUAUUUACUUGAAAGACUAUCACAGAAUGAACUUGUUAUCUGGCGACUACAAGAAUGAACCUGAGAGCGAGUAUGGAACUGUUGAUGGAGAAAAGCCGUAUGCUAUGGUUGAAAGGGAGGAAAGAAAUAAGCUUCUCGCGGACAUCAACGAUGCGUUUGAGGAUGAAGAUGAAGAUGACUUCAUAAAAAAGAAAGAAAAAAGCCAGGCCGGUCCAGAAGAGGCACCCAUUCCUUUACCUGAUCUGAAAGCACACCCAGAAGAUUUUUUGCUGUCUUUCCUUGGUAAUGAGGCAUGGAUUCCGAAGAAGAACGACAAAGUUAUCGACUUGGAUGAGAUAGACAAAGACGACGAACAAGAUUUCGAUGACGCCGUUGAAGACUUUGAAAAAGCUUUUAACUUUAGAUACGAGGACCCCAACUCUGCCGAAAUUGUAUCUUAUGCUCGUACACAAGCUUCUUUGAGAAGAGGAAAGACCAACUCUCGAAAGAGGGCCAGAGACAAGAAGAUUGCUCUUAAAGAACAAGAAAAACACGAGAUCGAGCAAGCUUUGCAGAAAAAGAAAACCAAUAAAGUCAACAAGGUCAUGGACAGGCUAAACAAGAUCAAGGAAGCUGUUGGCGAUGAUAUCAGUGACGAGGUAAUUGAGAGGGUUUUCGGAGACUCUUUGUUGAAUGAUGAUUUCGACGAUGCUGAUUGGGAUAGUCGUAUGGCUGAAAUCUUCAACGAGCAGUACUACGGCUCCGAGAUAACUAAGCCUGAAUGGAGCGACGACGACGAGAUCAUGGCUGAAUUCCAUGCUCUGAAAGAGGGCAAGAGUGAAGACGUAGGUGAAGAAGACGAGCCUCUCGGUGAGCAGGUCGAAUCAAACGUGAACGAAGAAGACAACGCCAGUGAUCAAGCUCAAAAGCCCAAGAGCAAGAAGGAGAAGCUCAAGGAGAAAAACUUAAUCAAGAAAGAUAAGAAGUCUUUGAAAGAGAAAGCGCAGAAAAUUGUUGAUGCAAACACACUCAAAAUCAGAGAAGAAAUCGAGGAAGAAAGAGGUCGGUCAAAAGAAGGUGACGUGAAGUUCAAGUAUAGGGAGGUUUCUCCUGAGAGCUUUGGGUUGUCAACACGGGAAAUCUUCUUGGCCAACGACCUGGACUUGAAUAAGCUUAUCAGCAUCAAGAAAUUUGCGCCAUACAAGCCCAAAGAUGCCGCAUUGAAAGACAAAAGAAAGUUCACGAAGAAGAAGCAUUUGCAACAGUGGAGACAUGAGGUGUUCAAGAAUAGAGAAGGACCUGCGAGACACGAAAACGAAAAGGAUGAUGAGAUUUGGAUCCCCAAUGAGGAUGAAACAGAGGAACGAUCAUUCAAGAAAAGCAAAAAAAGCUCAAAAAAGUAAACAGUGAUCGUCUUCCCAUUUAUCCUGCCUUCACAAUAAAUACAUAUAUAUAAUACAACACAUCCGAAUAAAUUAACCAGAAUUAAUUGACAUGUGACUAAUCAUAUCUGUUAGGGAAACUCAAGAUAGACUUGGCUGCUUCUCGUUUCCUGUUUUUCAAACUAAAGCUCUUGAUUGACUUCUUUGAAGUUUCUUUGUCUUCAGCCUGAGCUUCCAUCUUCCGCAACCAAUACUUCACACCGACGAACGAUGCCACGACCAAAACAACCAUGAAGCCAAUGAUUCCCCAAA